AUGUCCAAACCUUUCGCUCCGCCCACAUCAACACCUGGAAAUGGAACGAUUCAUCUGGCCCUGCUCCCUCCCAGCUUGCCUCGGCUCAAGACUGUCAACUACCAAUACCCGCUGAAGUUGGUGUCACCCGCACCGCUCAAGUCAGAGGACAAUGAUCCGUUUCUAGUCUACACGGUAUACCUCUUGACGUAUGGCGGCGGACUCGUUGCCGGAGAUGCGAUCGACCUGCACGUUAUUCUGGAGAAGACGACGAGGCUGAUCUUGCUCACCCAAGGGAGUACGAAGCUCUUCAAAGCACCGAAUCGAGAAGUCUUGAGCAAACAAUGCAUGACUGUGACCCUCGCUCCAGAGUCAGCACUCUGCUAUCUACCAGAUCCUGUCCAGCCGUUUGAGAAGAGCAACUUCGAACAGCAACAGAUCUACAACAUAGAAGUUCCAAGCUCGCCCGGUACCAAAGCUGGGAGUCUGUGUGUCUUGGAUUGGGUCUCGAAUGGUCGGCCGGCGAAUGGGGAGAAUUGGUCUUUCUACCAUUACGGCAGCCGCAAUGAGGUCUUUCUGUCGCAGUCAGAGGGGAGUCGGAAGCUUCUUCUCCGAGACAACCUCCUGCUGCAUGACCAAAUGCUAGGCGACGAUAUUGCCCACAGAAUGGACGGCCUAGCGGUGUACGGGACAUUGAUUCUUUACGGGCCAGUCCUCAACCGUCUUGGUCAGUUCUUCAUGAGCGAGUUCAAGCUGCUUCCCCGCAUUGGCGGGAGGAAAUGGGACAGUGGCAGCGAGAGCGGCGACGAAGAAUUGGAUUCAGAGAUCGUGAAACGGGCGGAAAGGCAUCGCAGGGAACUCAUCGAAGGGGUACUGUGGUCUGCGGCAUCUGUACGAGGUUGUGUUGUUGUCAAGUUUGGGGCUCCUGUCUUGGAGGCUGCACGCCGAUGGCUGCACGACAUGUUGCUUUAUGAGAAGACCGUUGUCGAUCAUUUUGGCGAGAGAUCACUGCUGUGUUUACGGUGA